UAAACACACAGUCUCAGUGGUCAGGUCACGGUAGAUCAAGAUUUACAACAAUUGAAUACCCCUUAGUCAGUAUUGACAUGAUGCCUGUUAAACAUUUAUUUGUGUAUAAGCUCGCCUCAUUGUCAGUUCCAACAAAUAAUAAGUCAUGCUUGAUAUUUCAUCGUUGAUAUUCACUUAUCACUGACUUGAUUAUCGGAAUGGAUAUGGUGUGUAGGUUAUGCCUUUGCGAUGAGCCCAAUUUGAUUCCAAUAUUUUAUGCGAGCAAAUGCACAUCGGAGCUACAAUUACAAAUUCAAAAUUAUUGUUCUAUAGAGAUAACGGAGAAUGAUGCAUUGCCUAAAAUGAUAUGUAAUUGUUGUAAAGAUAAAUUGACAUCUAUUGAUGAGUUUAAAACGCAGUGCGAACAUUCUGAUCUAAAACUAAGGGAAUAUUACCAAAUUUUCUCGCCCAAGCAAACAUCUCAUUCAAUUUUCGAAGCACUUAAGGAUAUCGGCAUUCAGACGGAUGAUAAUAUUGAAGGUAACCCAUUGCUUUCGACAAAUUCUUUCUUUGACAUACAUCAAAAGGAAAUAUCUAAGGUAAACGUAACGCCUGUUUCACUGGAGAUGAUAUACAGCGAUAUCGCUGCUGAUGAUGAUAAUGAUAAUGAUGAUGAUGAUGAAGAUAGCAAAAAAUUCGGCUGCAUCGCGAAUGGAAUACGUUCAAGCAAUAGUCUAGAAGUUGAGGACUGUAAUUUGCGCAAGGAUAAUACAAAAGUUAAAACGCGACGUGUACGAAUCCAUACUGAUAAAGUCUUGACGGGCAAGAGUGUGAAACAGCCAAAAAAAAAGGAAAAAUUUGACUGUAAUUUGUGUCAAAAAGUGUACGUUUCUAAGAAAGCAUUACUAAAGCAUACUGAGGCACAUUUGAAAAGCGAAAUCGUGACGUGUAAUGUCUGCAAUAAAACGUUCAAUAAUAGUGAAAAAUUAAGUGAACAUAUGAAAAAGCAUAAUGAUGCUAUGGAUUUUAAAUGCGAAGUGUGUGGUAUGCCGUUCAAAGAACGAGUAAAACUAAACUUUCAUUUAAGGGUACAUGGUAAGGGUCCUUUAAUAAACACAGAUAAACAAUAUUUAUGUGAUAUGUGCAGCCGAACUUUUGCUUCCAAAUCCGGACUACGAUUUCACUUGAAAUCACACGCUGGUAAUAAACCUUACAAAUGUAAAUUCUGUAGUAAAAGCUUCACCAUUCCCAGCUACAAAAAAAGACACGAGCGAACUCAUACAGGUGACAAACAUUUCAUUUGUCACAUAUGUAGUGCUGCUUUUGCUUCGGCGAAUGGAUUGAAGUACCAUUUAAGGUCGCACACGGGUGAAGCUAAUUAUCACUGCGAUACUUGUGGCAAAUCGUUUAGGCGCCAUAAGUAUCUCAAAGAGCACACUUUCAUUCAUACGGGAGAAAAACCGUUCAUCUGUAAGAUGUGCGGCUCUGCAUAUGGAAAUUCGGGAAGUUUGUUCGUUCACGAAAGAAAGUGCAAAACUAAGCAUUCUGUUGGAUUUAUUGAUUCUUCAAAAUUAUAGCCACAUAUCUCAUUUUAACGUAAUUAAAAGUUUGUGUUGCUUAAAUUGAGUAAUUGUGAUAUUUAGUAAUUUAGCAUCAUCCAUUAAUGAGGUGGAAUUUUAUAUUCGUUAAUGCUUUAACUAUACUUGCAAGUCUUACAAAUAUCUCUCUCGCUAUGUGAUUUGUCGUUAAUACUGAAACGAAUGAUCGAAACAACCAUUCAUUCCUAUCAAACUUCGCACUUGAACAUGAUUGUAAUUGAAUAUCAGUACGAGUAAAUAAAUUAAAAGUCUUUAUUUUAUUGGUUGAACUUAAGAUUAUAAUUUAUAAACAGAUAUUUGUACUAUUCACAUAAAUUCUGCAUAAUAGAGUAAUUUUUGAAUUAAUUUUUUCAAAUCCAUCUUCAUAAUUCAGUGAAUACGCAAAAGUGUAAUUAGCAUUUCGUACAAUUUGUAAUAUAAAUGAAGAGCAUGAUCUGUACCAUGUCCAAUAUAAUGUGUCUAAUACUCAUGAUAGAUAUAACUGAUAGUUAAUAUAUGUAACAUCCCUAAAUUAUAAUAUAUAAAAUUUA